AUGAUUGGGUACUUAGCUUCCUCACCUGUCUUAAGUCGCAUUUCCUUGCAGAUUCUCCAGCAGACGAAGAAGAACCAGGUCUUUUUUCUCCUCCGGUUUCCGAAACCUGGAUUUUUCAGGCUUGAGCUCUAUACUCUGCCUGUGAAUGACCGCAGCGAUUCCCUGCCUAAGGUGUACACCUAUUUGAUUGAUGCCUCACUGUAUCAUCGGCCCUGCGGUCAGGUGAUGCCUUUCCCAAAACAGUUUCAGCAUUGGCGACACGGCUGCUACCUAAAGACACCGAUUGAUGGCAUUCUUGGUCUAGAUGAUAAUGGCAGGUUGAGCAGUCCUCCUCCUAGUAGUCUGCCCUUCAACGUCCGCGUACCAAACGCUAUUGCCGUAGCCGUGGUCGUUGGUGACGAAUGGACCAAGCUAGACUCCGAAGGUGACCACUGGAAGGGCAACGUACACAUGAAGAAACACUGGGGCAAAAUGCGGAAGCUGGCCGUCUGUGCUAAAUACUCUACCAACGAUACCGAAUACAGCCCUCUACUUGAGUAUGAACUAGCUAUGUAA